GGCUACUUCCGGCUGGAGGUGCAGGAGUCCGGGACGGCGCAGGAGGGCCUGUGUGUCCGCGUGCCCCGCUCCUUGUCCUACCCCCGGAGCUACUGGGACGACUCUGUUCCAGCUCACGGCUACUGGUUCCAGGAAGGGGCCAGUAUCGACCAGGAUCCUCCAGUGGCCACAAACAACCCAGGUCGUGGGGUGCUGACGGACACCCAGGGCCGAUUCCACCUCCUUGGAGACCCCCGGACCUACAGCUGCUCCCUGGACAUCAGAGACGCACAGAGGGGAGACACGGGGAGAUACUUCUUUAGGGUGGAGAGAGGGCCUGAUGUGAGAUAUAGUUACACACGGAGCAUGUUCUUCCUGCGUGUAACAGCUCUGACACAGACACCCGACAUCCACGUCCAGGGGACCCUAGAAUCUGGCCGCCCCAGGAAUAUCACCUGUGCAGUGCCAUGGGCCUGUGAGAGGGGGACGCCCCACACCUUCUCCUGGAUCGGGCUUGCCCUCACUUCCCUGCACCCCAAGAGCCCCCAUUCCUCAGUGCUCACCCUCACCCUGGGGCCCCAGGACCACGGCGCCAACCUCACCUGCCGGGUGACCUUCCCCGGAGCUGGCGUGAGCUCGGAGGGGACCGUCAGUCUCAACGUGUCCUGUACUCCACGGAACCUGGACAUUCGUGUCUUCCGGGGAAACAGCACAGUCCCAGAGAUCCUGGGCGAUGCCACCUCCCUUCGAGUCAUGGAGGGCCAGUCCCUUCGCCUGGUCUGUGCUGUCGACAGCAGCCCACCCACCAGGAUAAGCUGGGCCCGUGGGUGCCUGACACUGAGCCCCUCACAGCCUUUGCAUCCCGGGGUCCUGGAGCUGCCCCAGGUGGCCUUAGGGGAUGGAGGAGAAUUAACCUGCCGAGCUCAGCACCUGAGGGGCUCCCUCCGUGUCUCCCUCAACCUAGUUGUACAGGGUGUCUCCUGUUCCUUCCCCCAAGUCUCUGGGGAGCGGAGAGAGGGCUCCUGGCCCCUAGUCCUCACCUUGCUCAGGGGGGCCCUGACGGGGGCUGGUUUCCUUCUCACCUAUGGCCUCACCUGGAUCUACUAUACCAGCCCCAUAGAGGCAUGGAGAUGCUCCAAGGCAGAGUACCAGUCGCAGUGUCUGGGGAACGAGCGUGUCCCAGGGCAGGUCCGAGCGCCUGAGAUGCUCCUCUUGGCCGUGCUGUGGGCCGGUGAGUGA